UACCUUCUUGGAUCGGGGAAAAUAUGCAACAAUUGAAAAUCUUGAGCUUGAGAGUAAAUCACUUCUUUGGAAGUGUUCCUGUACAACUCUGCUGUUUGAGUCAAAUUCAAGUGUUGGACCUCUCAAGGAAUAACUUGUCAGGAGAAAUGCCAACAUGUCUGAGAAAUUUUACCACAUUGAUGGAAAAGAGUGCAUUCGUAGGGGAAAUUGUGAGGAGACGAAAAAUUUCAAUUCAAAGAUUUUUCGAAUAUAUUUAUGACUCUUAUUUGUUACUGUCAUGGAAAGGUCAGGAUUAUGAGUUUUGGGAGCCAGAGAAUCUUCUUAAGAGCAUUGACCUCUCAAGCAACAGGUUAACAGGUGAAGUACCGAAAGAGGUUGGAUAUUUAGUUGGAUUGGUUUCUUUGAAUUUAUCAAGAAACAACUUUCAUGGAGAGAUUCCUUCUGAGAUUGGGAAUUUAAGUUUGCUAGAGUUUCUGGACUUAUCAAGAAAUAAUUUGUCAGGCAGUAUUCCUUCCACUCUUUCCAACAUUGAUAGUCUUGGUGUGUUAGACCUAUCAAACAAUAAUCUGAGUGGAAGAAUCCCUUUGGGAAGACACUUGCAAACCUUUGAUGCCUCUAGUUUUGAAGGAAAUAUUGAUCUUUGUGGAGAGCAACUCAACAAAAGUUGUCCAGGAGAUGAGACAGUGCAAGAAACUCAACAACCAGCAAUGGAUGGUGAAGAAGACGAUUCAAUUUUGUAUGGAGGAUUGUACAUGAGCUUGGGGCUAGGUUUCUUUGCAGGCUUUUGGGGUUUAUUAGGAUCAAUGUUACUUUGGCAACCAUGGAGAAUUGCUUACAUUAGAGUCUUGAACAGAAUGAUAGACUAUAUACUUGUAAUGGCUGAGCUCAACUUUGCCAAGUGCCAUAGGUGGCUAAAAGGAUAGUUCAUAUGUGUGUUCUUCCAAUAACUUCUUUCUUAUAAUUUGCUACUUCAUUUCUCUAUUUUGUUCAAAUCAGUGAGAAUGAAUGUUUUUAUGAAAAUAUAUUGUUU